CACCUCCACUCUCCGCGACGUCCACAAAACACCCACGAACACCUCUCUCACGGCAAAUCAAAUCCCCUAACCCUAACCUUAACCCUAACCCCUCUCUCUCUCUCUCUCUCUCUCUCUCUCUCUCUCUCUCUCUCUCUUUUCGCAACAAUGGCGAUUCUCCGAAGCAGUAUCCUCCUCUUUCCGAGCCGCAUCCACUUCGGGAUUAGGCACGUCCGAUGCGCGGCGUCGGAGUCGGCGGCGGAGGCGGAUGGGGGGAAGAAGGUGUCGGCACGGCUCUCGAUGAUGCAGCAGAUCCUCCGAGAAGCCGAGGACCGGGCCGUCUCCGCGGGAUCCGAGCCCAGCCCCAAGAUCACGCUGGAUCAUGUCACUGUUAGCUUUGCAAGAAGUGGUGGGCCUGGUGGUCAGAAUGUCAACAAAGUGAAUACCAAGGUGGACAUGCGCUUCAAUGUCAAGCAGGCAAAUUGGUUGGGUGAGAGAAUUAGGGAGAGAAUACUUCAAAUGGAAAAGAAUCGUAUCAACAAGGAUGGGGAGCUUGUAAUUUCUUCUACAAAGACAAGAACCCAAAAGGGUAACAUCGAAGACGCUCUCGAGAAAUUGCAGGCUAUUAUUGAUGCUGCAUCAUAUGUUCCACCGCCUCCUUCAGAAGAGCAAAAGAAAAGGAUUGAAAAAUUGGCUGCUGUUGGAGAGCAAAAGAGGAUUCUGAACAAAAAAGCUCUCUCACAAAAGAAAACAUUCAGGAGGAAUAGAGAUAGUUGGGAUUGACUAUAAGGAUAAUUCAGAUCACAAUUAGAGAGAUCUUUUUCCUGUUGAUCUAAACACACUACUGAAUAGUACUGAAUAGAAGAAGAAUAAAUUGAAAUCACUGGCUUAACAUAUGAGGAGAAAAAUAUACCUCUACAGUGCAUAAACGAGCGAGUCCAUCCAUUUCCAUGCGAGGUAAAGAAGCGCAAUCUUUCGUAUAGUUAACAAUCCCGGUUUCAUUUCACUGCUCCUCUCUCUCCUUAAUCAGGGUGAUUUGUGUUGAUUACCAUUAUAAAUAGCCAGAGGCUUUUAGUCCAAAAUCUUGUACAUUUGUAGCUGUAAUUGUUGUUGAAUUUUGCAUCUGUAAGUGUAUCUGUUGCUGCAAAUUAACUCGAAAUGUUACAUGAAUGUAUGCACUCUUUAUAUCCCUACUUGACUUACUCGAUUUCUGAAUU